GACAGAGUUUUAAUCUCCCAAAUGCGGACCGGUUCACCCUGGACAGUCUCCUCCCUCCCGACCGCACCAACUUCUUCCGCUACAACGGCAGUCUCACCACGCCCACCUGCAACGAGGUGGUCACCUGGACCGUCUUCAAGGACACCAUCUCCAUGUCAAGCAAGCAGCUGACCAAGUUUAUCAACAACGUCUACUACAAAGCCGAACCCAACACCGUUGCCAAAAAGAUGCAGGGCAACUACCGCCCUCCCCAGCCCCUGAACGGACGCACGGUCUACAGGUCCUUCGAUGAUGCCAGUCUGAACGUCACCCCUCGACCGCCAGGACAAGGUGACAGUGGCGCCUCCUCGCGAUUCGUGCCGGAACUGCUGUUUCUUCUUCUGGCAGCUGUGAUCGCCGCCAUCUUUCAGUGAUUCCAUCUAAAAGAACUGCGCACAACUUUCCCGAUUACCAAGCAGAUGUUAGGGGAAAAGGGCUUAACAUUUUCCAAUAACCCCUCAUUUGUCCUCAGAAAAAUGGAGGCAACUUGGAAUAAGCUACUACUUUUCUUUCUUAACGUUACAUCUGCUUGGAGCUGCUAGUCUGUCGGGUUUUGGAAUUGCGACUUUGUUUCGUUGAGUUCUAUACUCAAUGUGGCGUGGCAUGACGUUGUGUAGUAGUUUCACGACUGAGUUCACGUUUGUUUCACACUCAGUAAAUGAAUCUUUGACCAAGAGCCGACAUGGCUUGCUUUGUAAGAAAAUAAGAGAAAAAUAUCGUAUCCUAGGGUUACAGGGUAUAUUGAUAGCUGCCAAUUAUACAACCAAACACGUGGCAUGAAGUUGUGUCGUGUUAACACGAUUGAGUUCACGUUUGUUUUACAAUCAAUACAGAGUUUAACUACCGCAUGGGACAUUGAUUUAUAUCUUCGAAGAAGGUAUAAACUUUUAUAAUCAUGGUCUAUAAAUUAUUAGCUUACUCUCAGAGCAUUUCAGCUAAGAUUUGGGCAAUAGUUUAACAUUAAGUAUCUUUUUACUCGAUCGUACAUGUACUCAGAAUAUAACUUGCAUUUCUUAUCAAAGUAACCCAUGAAGAUAAAUGUGACGAUAUAGUCGACUAGUAUAUUAAGUGCAGAUCAUUGUUUUUACUAGCGUAUGCAAUAUUUUAACAAAUGUGGAGAGGCUUUUCUAUUCUACAAUUUGAUAUGACUGUCCUACGUGACGACUGUUGGAAAUAUUGUUCUACACGUAUCGUCUGGUUUUUAUCAAUGGACCAAAAUAUGUCAAGUCGAUUAUUCUUACUGUUUGCAACUUGUUCUGUGAACAAGUGAUCUAGUCCUUUGUUUGUUUGGUGUACGUGUAUUCUUUUUGGGGAAAAUAACAAAGGAGUUUGUUUUAUGUA